AGUGGCGCUGACAGCAGCUUUUGAUUACUGCUUACUGCAACUCUCUCUCCAGCAAGUAGCAGAAUCAACGCAGUAGUAGAAGUUGUGUUCCGAUUUAGUUGAAUGUGAAAAUUUAUUGCAGCAGGGAUUUUAAAAAUCUAAAAAUAUUGUGAUGGUGCAAAUGAAAAAAACACUCAUCUAAUUUCGAAAAAACGAGCUUUUGAUACAGUGAUAUCCUGAAUAACAAAGUUAGUAUUGUAAAUGAGUGAAGAGUUAAAAGAAAAUUCUCCGUAUUGGUGGUGCGAAUUACAAGCGAUUUUGGUGUACCAAAAAAGUAGAGCUAAGUAGAAGAGAACGGAACAGCGAAUAAGAUUUUUCUAAUUUGUCGGUGGAAAAUCGGUUGAAAAUUGUAAAAGUGUUUGCUAAAUAAAAGUUGAUAAACGUUUGGGUAAAAGUCGCUAAAGAGUAGGCAUAAAGUUGGCUUGUGAUCUGCAUAAUUGGACGGACUUGUGAAAAAAUUAUUCACCGCCACACUAUUACACGAAUGAAAAUUAUAGAAGGUGGAAAUAUACAUAUACAUACUGCAGCAGCAAAAAUAAUCGAGCGUAGGGGAAGGCAAAGCACUUGGAUCAGAGCGACAAGGAACAUCAGCGACAUAGAAAACUAAAAGGCCGUAAACCUUAUUUUUUUUUAAUUCAAGGCACAAGUAUUGGAACGCACAAAUUUUCUUUUUAAACUAAGUAAAAUCUGUAUUUACUACAAUAUUUUCGACAAGAAAGGAAACGCUUUAAGUUACAGUCCGCUAACAGAGGAGAUAAAACCGCACCCUUAAUUCACCCUUUUAGCAUCGCCUGUGGAGAAAAUACACAGGAGCUUCAAACUAUUAAAUAGUUACCAACUUUGACUACAUUAACGGCAACAACAACAAGAUCAUCGACAUGAAUGAGUUAGAUAGUUUAAGACAAGAAGCAGAAUCUCUUAAAAAUGCUAUUCGUGAUGCACGUAAAGCUGCAUGUGACACAAGUUUGGUACAAGCUGCCGCUACUUUGGAGCCAAUAGGCCGCAUUCAGAUGCGCACACGACGCACUCUGCGUGGUCAUUUGGCAAAGAUCUAUGCUAUGCACUGGGGCAGUGAUUCACGUAAUUUAGUGUCGGCAUCACAAGAUGGCAAAUUGAUUGUUUGGGACUCACACACCACCAAUAAGGUGCAUGCUAUACCUUUACGGUCCUCAUGGGUGAUGACGUGUGCAUACGCACCAUCGGGAAGUUAUGUCGCCUGUGGAGGCCUUGAUAACAUGUGUUCAAUCUACAACUUGAAGACGCGCGAAGGUAAUGUGCGUGUCUCACGUGAGCUGCCUGGUCAUGGUGGAUAUUUGUCAUGCUGUCGUUUUCUGGAUGACAAUCAGAUUGUAACCAGUUCAGGCGAUAUGACUUGUGGCCUCUGGGAUAUCGAGACCGGUCAACAGGUAACCUCAUUUUUGGGUCACACUGGCGACGUAAUGGCGUUGUCUUUGGCGCCAGGCUGCAAAACCUUUGUAUCUGGUGCUUGUGAUGCUUCAGCAAAGUUAUGGGAUAUCCGUGAAGGUGUAUGUAAACAAACUUUUCCGGGCCACGAAUCUGAUAUCAAUGCAGUAACAUUUUUCCCUAACGGACAAGCAUUUGCAACAGGUUCUGAUGACGCCACAUGCCGCCUUUUCGAUAUCCGCGCUGAUCAGGAACUGGCCAUGUACUCGCACGAUAACAUAAUCUGCGGUAUCACAUCAGUGGCGUUCUCCAAAAGCGGUCGUUUGCUUCUUGCCGGCUAUGAUGACUUUAAUUGCAACGUUUGGGAUACAAUGAAAGCAGAACGGUCCGGCAUUUUGGCAGGCCAUGAUAAUCGUGUUUCAUGUCUCGGUGUAACCGAAAAUGGAAUGGCCGUAGCAACGGGAUCAUGGGACUCGUUUUUGCGUGUGUGGAAUUAAAGCGUUUGCGACUGUGCGUUAUCCAGCCAUAAGUGGUUGAGGUGCGGAUGCAAGUGUGGUUGGAGUGGAAAAAAAUAAAAAUGUAGAAUAUAAUUUUUCAUUCAGUUACGACAUAAACAGCAGACGCUUUCCCAAUUUAGCGAGGUAUCGAGUAAUCUGAACCAACUAAAAAGAAAACGGCCACUUCCCACACACCAAAUCCUCAUUAUCCUCCAUUUCGCGGCAGUAUAUUUAAAUUUUUACAUAUAAUACACAAAUAAAAAACCAACUAGUAUACACGCAUACCAACAAACAAUUGAACACUCGAACAAUCGAACACCCGGGAAAAGGGACUUCGGGACAUUGGACAGAGACGGAUGCAUACGUUGACACACCUACACAAACGAUUUAUAUACAAGCUUACAUUAAACAAAUUAUUUAUAUAAUAUAUAUACAUAAAAGCAUAUAAGUUAAAAGUAAAGUAAAAACUGAUAAAAAAAACGAGACCGAUAAAAAAAAUAUUAAGAAACAAUGAACCAAAUACAACAAAUACAAAGUCACUAAGCAAAUGUUGCAGAGAAUAUAAUAAAAUUAUGAAAAUGAUGUCACAGUAAAAUAAAAUACUGAUGCAUACAGCAGAAACACACAGCACAAAAGCCAUGAUAAAAGCGUAGGCUUUAACAGAGUUAAAUCACAGCGAAAUCUGUUGAAAACGCAUUUACAAAACCACAGCAAGAAAAUUAAGUCGAAAUGUUAAAAGAGAAAAAAAUUGUAAAAGUAAAAAUAAAACAAAAUAAGAAAAGAAUACUUUGAAUGCAACCCAAUAAGAUUUAUAAAGUUUUUCUUAUUAAUUUUAAGUCCUAAUUUAUAUACAACUCAAACUUAUAAAAUGAUUCAAAAAUUAAAAAAGUAACGAAUAAAUUUUAUAUGGCCAUAUAAGCUAUGCGGCAGCAGCUAUAAUCAUACUUGCAUACCUAAUACAGCAAAUAACAAAAACGUAAGGUGAACAAAAAAAGAAACAAAAAUUUAAAUAAUGAAGGGAGUAGUAUGAAAACAAAAUCUAAAAUAAUGACCGUAAAAUAAUUUGUAUAAUAAAUUACAUAUAAAGAAUAUUAGAAGCGGUAUUUGUAGCGUCCUUACGGGGAUCAUACCGCUAGGACAACAAAUACGACGUUCCGAUCGUGUGAAUCAAUAUAAUUGAGAGUUGCGAGAAUUAGAAGCGUAGAAUAAAAGAUGAAUAAAUAAAAGUGGUGAAAUAUUAUAUUCGAUAAGGAAACAUCACGAACAUCGGCAACAUAAUAAAAAUUAAAUUAGUCACAGAUAUAUGUAUACAUAAAUGCAAUCAUACACUCUACUUUAACACUUACAAAUGCUUGCAUACAAAACAAAUCAGAUCACACAAUAUUGCGACUUGAAUUUCCAUUUUUCACGGUACUAGGGGAGUUUCUUAAUAAAACAGCGCAACUUCAAUUCAAUUAUAAAAUCGUUUGAUACUGCUGUGAGAUCAAAGUCUUAACUUCUUCGAAAAUAAUAUAAUAGAAGAUGACCAGCAUCAUGCAAUUCCAAUUGACUUCCUUCGUUUCGGCCUGCUGUGAUUUGUAAAUGUAAAGUACGGAAAGGCUAUGCAUCCGAGUUAAGUAAAUACAUUUAUCGGAUAAAAAAGUAUCAAAAAUUUAGCCUCGUGCUUGUGCUAAGACUUUAAGGUAUCCCUCAGACGUUUUUAAAUUUCAUUUUACAUACACGAGCGUAUGUAUGAAUUUGUUGUACUGGGAGUGAGUACCGUAAUGCAUUUUUUUAAGUGAUAGGCGUGACUACAUUCGACUAAAAUUUUUCUUACACUUACAAAAAAAAAAAAUAUAUUUAUAAUCUACCGAUUUGCGUUUUGUUUACACAAUUGAGUUUUUUUUCGGCAUAAUUUCAAUUCUAACAUAUGCAUACAUAAGAAUUCUUAUUAAAAGCUCAAUAUUUAAUUUUUAAGCACAAAAACAAUAACCUUUAAGGAAAAGAAAACUGAUUGUACAAAGUUUUGUCGCAUAAAUGUCAAACUUAUGAAACACAUUUCAACUGAUUUUACCAAAAAUGUAAUUCAUAUUCAAGAUUUGUUAACGCACACGUAAUACUGAAACAAUCGCAUAAAAUAUGUAUCAGAAGUAAACAUUAAAUUUUAUGUUAUUUAAUUAAGAGAAACAUACCUAUGAGUUUUAACUGGUUGCAGUUAAUUACCUGUGUUUAUUGCAUACACAAGAUGAUGUAGUAGAAAAUAUACUUGUUUGUAUCCAUAUACAUACAGAUAAUAAAUUUACUUUUUUUGUUUAACAUAAACAUGAUAAAAUUGCUGGAUAGCGAAUUUAGGUAUAUACAUAUUUCUACGUUUGUAUGCAUGUGAAUGAAAUAUUAACCAUACCUUCAUACAUAUUUACACAAACAUCAGGCAAGCCUAAAGAUAGAAAAUAAUUAUAUUUUACAUAAAUUUAGUUUAUCUUUCUUAUGUAAUAAUUGGGAUGUAUUCUCAAUUAUGGUUUCAUAUUCAUAUAUACGAAUGUUACUUGUUUUUGUCGGUUAUUUUAUUCUUUUUCAUUUUAAUUAAAGUUAUGCUGUAUUGAAUUGAGCUUUAAACAUUUUGAAACGUAUUUUUGUGUGUUUUUAAAGAUUUGACUGAGCGUUACUUUAUGCGUACUUACACUAUUUCUGAAGUACCGUAUAGAGAGGUUAUAAUUUAUUUAUUGAUUUUUGUUUAUCUUCCCGACUGUAGCACAAAAAAAAAACGCCGCAAACCUGCCGUACAUAUAUAUAGCCCUUGUUUGCUUUCUUGUAAUUUUUUGCGGUAUAUUUCAUACCUUUUAAAUAAAUAAUUAAAUGUAUAUCACAUACACAAUCUUUAACCUUUACUUGUUUUUAACUCAAAACAUUCUCAGCUAUUACUUGCUCCGAAUCCCUCAAAGGUCCAACAAGUCGACACGUUCACGAAAAUAAAUAAAUUUUUUCAUAAUUAUGUAUUAACGAAAAGAGGAAAUGCAAUAGAAAACACACAUUACAAUACUUUAAUCCUUGAUGUGGAAAAGGAAUAUUUAUGUAUUUUGCAUUCAGUUCAGAGAAGCGAUACGCAAUUAUGUUUAGAAGCCAAAAUUAAUUGUAAAAAAA